CCCUGUAAGGGCCCACGGUACCGGCUGGCGGCGCUGAAGCUCCUCUGUGCCUCGCCCUGGGAGGGAGUCGGAGCGGGAGCGGAGUCAGUGCCUGUGCCAGUCGGUGUGAGGAGCCGAGCGGGACCGGCCCGGCCAGAGCGAUGCGCGGCGGCGGCAGCGAUGGCCAAGUGGUUCAAGGAGCACCUGGGCUUCAGGAGCAGCAAGGGGCCCCCGCAGCCUCCGAAACCCGACUACCGCCCGCGGCCAGGGGCAGAACCCGACAUCCUGGCCGCUUACAAGCUGCAGAAGGAGCGGGACUUCGAGGAUCCGUACACCGGCGGUUCCCGCUGCCUACAGCGGCUCCGCUCGGAGGGAGAGGCGGCCGGGCAAGGGGCAGGCUCUACAGCCGCUCCUGGAGCUCCAGGUACCGGCUCCUCUCCACAUUCACACCCGGCCAAGAAAGCAGCUUCUCCCGAGCUCAAGUACGUCUCCCCGAAACACCGGCUCAUCAAAGUGGAAAACCCCGAGAAAAGCUGUGGCAAGUUGGCAACGUCUCCCGAGGACAACAGGCAGGACAAGGUCAUUAUUCUCGAAGACUAUGCUGAUCCAUUCGAUGCUAAGCAGUCUGGUGUGACCCAGGUUGGACAGGAGAAAGUGACUGAGAAUGAUGGCUACAUGGAACCUUAUGAAGCCCAAAAAAUGAUGGCAGAGAUACGCCGGAGAGGAUCGAAGGAUGCAUCCAGCAGAUCGCUGCCGCUGUACGACACUCCGUACGAGCCAGUUGAGAACGGCGGAGAGUCCGACACGGAGAAGUCCCACCGCCUACGAGAGAGUCGCCUCCCAGAGGAUGAUGAGCGGCCGCCGGGAGAAUACGACCAGCCCUGGGAAUGGAAGAAGGAUCGAAUCUCUAAGGCGUUUGCAGUAGAGAUUAAGGUAAUUAAAGAACUUCCCUGGCCUCCACCAGUGGGACAACUGGACAGCGGGACUGAAGGGGAGCAACGGGUUUCUCAUUGCCACCUCCUGCAUCAGCACCAGCUAUCCCAGCAGCAGCACCAGCUAUCCCAGCAGCAGCACCAGCUAUCCCAGCAGCAGCACCAGCUGCCUGUGUCUGAAGACACCAGUGUUCAGUUUGACGGCAACAACAAGAAUCGACCCUCGCCUCCAAAACAAGAGAAGGUUCGGCACCAGACCAGGCUGUCGGGGCCCAACUUCAAAUCUCUCAAACAUCAAAGCCUGGAGUUCGGUGGAGCUUUGGGAGAGAGAGUGGAGCCGAACCUGCCUCUUGGGAGCCAGACCUGGUAUCAUGGAGCAAUCAGCCGGACAGAUGCGGAGAAUCUCUUACGUUUGUGCAAGGAAGCCAGUUACCUGGUCCGGAACAGUGAGACCACUAAGAACGAUUACUCCCUCUCACUCAAGAGUAACCAGGGGUUCAUGCACAUGAAACUCACCCGAACCAAAGAGAGUAAAUACAUCUUGGGUCUGAACAGCCCUCCGUUUGACAGCGUGCCCGAGAUAAUCCAUUACUACAGCAGUCGUAAACUGCCCAUCAAAGGAGCUGAGCACAUGUCCCUGCUGUACCCAGUGGCUAUCAGAACGCUAUAAUAAUCGGAGGGCGUCCAAACACACUCUGUAGACAGAGCUCACUCGUGUCAAGAUUCUUUUGCAGACAUGCUCACUCACACACGCAGGCAACCCAGUGACGGUGACCUUUGACCUCCAGCCAGUGACGUUCCACGCGCAUGCUCAGAGUGACCGGUUUCUGAAUUUGGCCGAGGCUGGAGAGGCCUCGGACUCGCGUCCGUCUCCGUCCGCUUUGUGAAACCAUUGAGCUGAAAAUGACCGCUCCCUCCUGCGGAUCCAGGCACUGAGACAGUAGCACAUAGAGAUUUAUCAAUGCUGACUGAAACUUCUUGGAACUUUGGAAUAUUGUCUGAAUCUUUAACUCAUGUAUAUUUAUGAGGAGAUUUUUUUCCCGGUUUAUUCUUCAGGGUGACUUUAGGUGUGGAGGUCUGUCUCUGAUCUAAAGCCCAGCUUGGGUGUGAGGGCAGAAACCAUUCCCUUCGACAUGAACUCAACACACAAUCCCCAAGACAGGGCGCAGGCUGGCAAAUGGGAAACUGGUAAAUGGGUGUAAUCUCCUCCAGAUGAGCGACACAUCAUCACAGCUUUGGUAGACAGAGCUUCACUCUGUACCUAACCCUGUGCUGGCCCUGCCCUCUGAGUGUUCGAUGGGGGCAAUGUAGAGAGCUUGACUCUGUAUCUAACCCCAUGCUGUCCCUGUCCUGGGAGUGCUUGAUGGGGGACAGUGUAGAGAGAGCUUGACUCUGUAUCUAACCCCAUGCUGUCCCUGUCCUGGGACUCUUUGAUAGUGACAGUGUAGAGGGAGCUUUACUCUGUAUGUAACCCUAUGUUGUCCCUGUCCUGGGAGUCUUUGAUAGUGACAGUGUAGAGAGAGCUUUACUCUGUACCUAACCCAGUGCUGUCCCUGUCCUGGGAGUGUUCGAUAGAGACAAUGUAGAGGAAGCUUUACACUGUAUCUAACUGCUGUCCCUGUCCUGGGUAUUAUUGAUCAGACACUCGGGGAACUGAAAUGAAGAAGGUUACCGUCUCCAUCAGCUUGAAGAGCAGAAGUGCAAAGCAGAUACAGGUAAUGAAUUGUGACUGUGCUGCAUUUGACUUUUGACCCUGUCCUUCACAGUCGCCUUCCUGUUCAUCCUGUAUUCAAACAGUCAACCAAGUUGGAGUCCUCACUCAUUAAAUUGGAAGAGGAGCGUAAAGGGUUUGAUACAUUUGGGAUAGAAAAUCCAAUGUUGCAUUGUGGUCAGGGUGCACUUUAAACUAAAGGAGAAUUAAAUAGGGAGGAAUGUGGCUGGUUGAUGUAACACCUAGUGAUUAUCAGCAGCUCAUCACAUACCUAUGGAAGGGAGGUGUAUAUUAUAACUGGGAGUAAAAAAACUAAAGUCUUGCGAAAUUUAGUGCACCAAAUUCAUUUCUAUAUUGCCCAACUCCUGCAGUGUUUUGAAACAGCAUAAGUUGCUGUUGUGCUUUGCCAAUUUAUGCAACUAAUUUCCUGUCCAGAAGAUCCUUCACAAGUUGAAUAGUAUUUGCAGCACAGAAACUAGCCAUUUUGCCCAUCUGGUCAAUGCUAGUAUUUUAUACUUUGCAUAAGCCUACUCCCUCCUCAUGUCCUCUCACCUCAUUAAUGUAUCUUUCUACAUUCUCUCUCAUGCAUUUAUCCUGCUUCCCCUUAAAUCCAUCAACACCACUCACCUCAACUACUCCCCAGUUGUAAUGAGCUCCAAAUUCUCACCUCUCUCUGGUUAUAAAGAUUUCUCCUGAAUUUCCAGUUGGAAUAAACAGUGACUUUCUUAAAUUUAUAGACCUUGGGUUUUUGCUUCCCUACAAAUGGAAACAUCUCUACAGCAGCUCCAUCAAACCCUUUCAUCAUUUUAAAUACUCCGACCUGUCCAUUUUUUUGUUUUGUCGGGAACCUGAUCAGUUCAAUGACAGCCAACACAAAAGAGUGUGGUGAAGAGAGAUAAAGUCUUUGAACUAAAACCCUACAACAAAUGGCUUUUAGUUUAGACCUCAAAGUUAAAGAUAAGGCUGUGCAGUGGUUAUGUUAGUUGAACUUAUAAUACAGAGAAUUGGGGCUUUUUACUCUGCUGAUGGGAAGAUUUAGAAUUUUUCUUUAAAACAGUAGCAUCAAUGGGGUGACCCUGAAGUUGUUGAAUUUCAAAAAAAAACCCAUCUGGUUCUCCAAUGUCAUUUAUAAAGGAAAUCUACUAUCCUUACCAAGUCUGGGCUUACAUGUAGCUCCAGAGCCAGACCGAUGUGGUUGAUUGUUAAUUACGCUGUGAAGUGGGCCCAGAAAGACUCUCAAUUUUAUUAAAUCAUUAUUGGAAAAUACAGGAGGCAAUCGUCAUAAGCCUCACUCGUUUAUGUGAAGUAUAAACGCUACAGCUUCUUAUCAAUCAAAUAGCUUCCCACUGAUGUUUCAGUCCAGACUCUAUUGAUGACAUGUUGACUCAGUUGCCUACUGGAUGAUGCUGUGUAGUAAUGGACAGCAAGCUGCCACACCUGGGACUCCCAGCUGAAGAUUGAACUCUUGGGUGGCAGAGGUACCAGGCUCCAUGAUGCCAUGUUCCAGGAAAAGUCAGCAUUUUCUCUAGAGGAGAGGAAGAAAGCGAGGGAAAAGUGAGAGGGUGCAUCCAGUCAUCAGAUUACAAAACUCCUGAGUUAAAAACUUAACGCUGCUUGAAGCUUAUAUAAAGUGGUGCCACUUGUUUGGAAGAACAUGAGAAUGAUUCCUUCAAACGGUGAACGACACUGCGGAGCCUCUUUUGGUACACUUUAUUUAUUAACAAGAGAAAUUAAUCUGCAUAAAAUGUGGUUUCUGAAAUGAUGCA